GAGCAACCUCCGGUGGCAACGAGAAGCAUCGCUGACAACCGCUCGCAUUUUUUUCCUAGCCACGCUCCCCCUUCCCUGCAGCUCUUUGACCGUUGGUACGGUCUCCCGGUUCUCCGGUGCGCGGUGGCGCCGCCGGUAUAGCGGGGGCUGCCUGACCGGAGGAGGUGGAGGGAACUAGUAGCGUGAGGCUCUGUUUUCCAAAGGAGGGAUGAGAGAGAAGCAAGCCUCCUCUGCCGCGCUUAAAUAGCGCCUAGUUAAAAUAUUUUUAAGUUGGAAUGGGGAAGAAUACAUGAGGCAGCACUGCUAUAGGACACAGCCAGCUUGUAACUAACGUUAACUAAUGGGUUCAAACAUGGAUGCUGAUGUGUCUCCUCCUCUAGGCCGGCCAGGAAAACGGAUGUUUUUCGAUGAUUUUGCAGCUGGAACUCGACUCGUCUCUUUCUGGGAUUAAUACUCCAGGUUUUUCCUGCCUCUUUUGGUACAAGUGUUUCUGUUGGAACCUCGCAGGAAGCUUUUGUUAGCAAGAUGACAGAGGGAAGGCGGUGUCAGGUCCAUCUACUGGACGACAGGAAGCUGGAGCUCCUUGUCCAGCCCAAACUGAUGGCAAAGGACUUGCUGGACCUUGUGGCUUCCCACUUCAACCUCAAAGAGAAGGAAUACUUUGGAAUUGCAUAUACAGAUGAGACGGGCCACUUCAGUUGGCUUCAGCUGGACCGGCGGGUAUUAGAGCAUGAAUUCCCUAAAAAGUCUGGUCCUAUUGUUCUCUACUUCUGUGUCAGGUUUUACAUUGAAAGUAUUUCCUACCUGAAGGAUAAUGCAACAAUCGAGCUGUUCUUUCUUAAUGCAAAGUCCAUCAUAUACAAGGAGCUCAUUGAAGUGGACAGUGAGGUGGUCUUUGAAUUAGCCUCCUACAUCCUUCAAGAAGCAAAAGGAGAUUUCAGCAGCGAUGAUGCAACCAGGUCUGAUUUGAAAAAGCUCCCUGCUCUGCCUACUCAAGCUCUGAAGGAGCACCCAUCUCUGGCUUAUUGUGAAGACCGGGUAAUAGAGCAUUGCAAGAAGCUCAGUGGGCAGUCUAGAGGACAGGCUAUUGUAAAUUAUAUGAGCAUUGUGGAAUCUCUGCCCACAUAUGGAGUGCAUUACUAUGCUGUAAAGGACAAACAGGGGAUCCCAUGGUGGCUGGGUUUGAGCUAUAAAGGCAUCUUUCAGUAUGACUACCAGGAUAAAGUCAAACCAAGGAAGGUGUUUCAAUGGCGUCAACUGGAGAACCUUUACUUCAGAGAGAAGAAGUUUUCAGUGGAAGUUCAUGACCCCAGGAGUAGGGCGUCGGUAACCAGAAGGACGUUUGGACACAGCGGCAUUGCGGUACAUACCUGGUACGCCUGUCCUGCUCUCAUAAAGUCCAUCUGGGCCAUGGCCAUCAGCCAGCAUCAGUUCUACCUGGACCGCAAGCAGAGCAAGUCAAAGAUCCAUGCUGCGCGGAGUCUGAGUGAGAUUGCAAUAGAUCUUACAGAGACAGGAACUUUGAAGACAUCCAAAUUGGCCAACAUGGGCAGCAAGGGCAAGAUUAUCAGUGGCAGCAGCGGCAGCCUGCUCUCCUCAGGCUCUCAGGAAUCAGACAGUUCCCAAACUGCUAAGAAGGACAUGCUGGCAGCUCUGAGGGCCAGGCAGGAAGCUCUGGAGGAAACGCUGAGACAGAGACUAGAGGAACUCAAGAGCAUCUGUAUCAGAGAAGCGGAACUGACAGGGAAACUUCCAAAGGAAUAUCCUCUUGAUCCCGGAGAGGAACCACCCACAGUGAGACGGAAGAUUGGCACUGCCUUCAAACUGGACGAGCAAAAAAUCUUACCAAAGGGCGAGGAGGAGGAGCUUGAGCGUUUGGAGCGGGAGUUUGCCAUUCAGUCGCAGAUUACAGAGGCGGCCAGGCGUCUCGCCAGCGAUCCUCACGUGAGCAGCAAAAAGCUGAAGAAGCAGAGGAAAACUUCUUAUCUGAAUGCACUUAAGAAGCUCCAGGAAAUUGAAAACUCUAUCAAUGAGUAUCGGGUCCGCUCUGGCAAGAAGCCAACGCAGAGGGCGUCACUUAUCAUAGAAGAAGCCAAUAUAUGUUCCGAAGACAGCUCACUCUCUGAUGCACUGGUCUUAGAUGACGAUGAUUCUCAAGUUACAGAUACCCCAAACUUCUCUCCUGUAGCGUCGCCUCAUAAAGGCCUCCCUCCGCGACCCCCCUCUCACAGCCGGCCUCCUCCCCCGCAGUCCCUGGAUGGACUGCGACACAUGCACUACACUCGCUCUGACUAUGAUAAAUCUCCCAUCAAACCUAAGAUGUGGAGUGAAUCGUCACUGGAUGAGCCUUAUGAAAAAGUAAAGAAGCGCUAUUCUCACUCCAGUCACAGGCGUGUUCCAAGUUCUGGGAGUGCAGAAGCAGGGGGCAGUAACUCCCUUCAGAGCAGCCCGAUCAGGAGCACACCUCACUGGAACUCUCAGUCCAGCAUGCCGUCGACACCAGACCUGAGAACCAGAACUCCACACUAUGUACAUUCCACCAGGUCAGUGGACAUCAGUCCCACCCGUCUGCACAGUCUCUCUCAGCACUUUAGGAACCGCAGCUCCAGCCUUGAGUCCCAGGGCAAACUGCUGGCGUCUGAUCCCGAUGCACAUCCGCACACCCUGGGCAGUCCCGACUUUUUCCUUGGCCCGGGACGAGGCUCCAAUGGCUCCGACCCACUGGAUGACUGUUCAUCCUGCACCAGCCAAAGCAGCUCAGAGCAUUAUUGCCCCUCUGGUGGACCCCCUGGCAGCAACCCCAACUACUCCACUCUGGGAGAGGAUUCACCCUCCAAAGCCAGGCAGAGGCAACGGCAAAGGCACAGGUCUGCUGGUCAGUUGGGUUCCUCGAACUCGGGCUCUAUGCCAAAUCUGGCAGCUAAGAAUGGCUCCGUUGGAGGUUCAGGUGGAGGUGGGAUUGGAGGUGGGCAUCAUGGAGUUUACCUCCACAGUCAGAGCCAGCCCUCCUCCCAGUACCGCAUCAAGGAGUACCCUCUGUAUGUGGAGGGCAGCUCCAACGGCGUCGUAGUGCGCAGCUUGGAGAGCGACCAGGAGGGUCACUACAGUGUGAAGGCCCAGUUUAAGACCUCCAGCUCCUACACAGCCGGCGGACUUUACAAGGAGGCCUGGGGUGGGGAGGAGGGAGGGGAGGGAAGCGGCCGACUCACGCCAUCUCGAUCUCAGAUCGUACGGACUCCAUCGUUAGGGAGAGAGGGUGGUGGAGGAGGGGGGAGGGCAGCGGUGUCUGAGGAGCUGCGCUGUUGGUACCAGAGGUCAUCAGGGAGCCUAAAAGAAAGAAGCCACUCACAUUCAGGAUCCACAUCUUCUGAGACUGGUUCACAGCAAGGCACUCUGGGACAUGGACGAGGGAGCAGAGUUGGAUCACUCGCCAAGGGCUCACCAGCUGCUUCCCCUCACAGCCAGAGGAGCCUGACGCCAUCCAGUGAGCACCCAGCCACUCCCACACCGCCCUGUAGCCCACAGCACAUCAUCAACUGGAAAAGCGGGUCUUUCAGUGACAGCUGUUUUCUCAGCAGCCCCUUGUGUUCAGAGCUGGCAGAUGUGCAGUGGUACGGAAAAGACAAGACCAAACCCGGAACGUUGGUCUGAGACCUUCCCGUAUGGCCUACAAACAACCUGUUCUCUACUUUGUUCCUCACUGCUACCCAUCGACAACCAAACACCUCAUCCAGCCCAGACCUGACUCCACGCAAGCCUCUUCUGUCCCUCCCUGAGUUUCACCACCUGCUUUCCUGUCCUAUCUAUCACAGCUCAGCUGGACAGGGAUGCACUCGCUGGGCUUUGAUGACGGCUGAUUUCACAGGACAGACUGAGAAGUGUUAAAGGCUCCUCCCGCCUCUCUUUGCAGCACUAUAGAGUCCUUUCUUUAUUCAGCAUCUGGAGCGCACAACCUGGGGGGCAAGAGCGUGAAAGGACAGAGCACAGAAGAAUAUCAGAAACACAAUAAACCCAACAUCAGCUUGUCCGCAUCCUGUUUCAUAUCACAUCCUGCAUCACUCCAUUGCACUGCCGCUCAGUCAGAAGAUACAUGCUGGAUUUGAGCCACUGGUUUAAAAGGCCUUUAUAGCUCUCAAAGAACUGUAUUUCAUUACAUUGUACCUGUAGACAUUGUUUCUUUUAUUUCUUUAAUCAUACUUACAAAAGCAGAAGAUUUCAGACAGGUGCAGGUUUAACUUGUAACAUAAUUCCCAGAUAGUGUUAUAACAGAAGAGUAAGUCAGCAAUACGUGAGUGAACUCUUGGUAACCAUAUUAGAUGGCUCUCCUUGAGAAUAUCUGUGAAGGUUAUAGCAAUAAAGAACACUGGACAAGGUUUUUAAUUGGUUUUAAUCAACAGAGUGAAGCUGAAACAGGCCUUUUCACUAAAGCCUGUUGAGAAGGAUCUUUAGUGUUGGUAGAAUUUGGAGUGGAUCUUUUUGGAAAUUACCUUGAUCUGCAGUUCAUUGGACCUGAAGUUUGGCCACAAGAUUCUCAAUCGCAGAACAGAAACAUAUAGGUGCAUCUCAAUAAAUUUGAAUAUUGUCUAAAAUGGAUUUUUCUGUUCAGUAAAAUUCACUUCAAAAAUUGAAACGCAACGAUUCAUUACAAACCUGUCAUGGUACUGUUAAUUUUGAUGGUUAUGGCUCACAGCUAAGGGUGUAUUCACACCAGCCUUGUUUAAUCCACUUCAUUUGAACUCUAGUUCGUUUGCCUGGAAAGUCUGGUUUGCUUAGGUGUGACUGUGCAAUUGAAGUCUGAUGUGGACCAAAAACACAAACCCUGGUCCACCUACAAACCUAGAUCUCAGUUUGGUUGAAAUGAACUCUAGAGUGGUUCCGUUGUAUAUUUGGAUGCUAGCAGACCAGAGAUUUCUCCAAAAGCAGGAAGCAGACUAUAGUGCUGGGCAAUCUGGGUAAAUACAAUCAAAACAAAUGUCUAGUCUAAUGUAUGUGGAAGAACUGGCUCAUGCGCUAUUGCCAAAGAUACAAUAUAAAUCCUACAACCGCUAAAAUCUCACACCACCACGUUUUUGUUUACAUUCCAUGAGGAAGGAAAUUGUGUUAAUGUCUUCUUCAGAGGUUUUCAUGUCGUUUCCUUCAUGUUUUUCUUGGUGCAGAAACAACUUGAAGGUUUUUCAAAGGGUUUGGAUUAUUUGACACUGCAGUGUGAAAGCGAACUGCACAAGCUGGAAAUGUAUCAAAUGCUGCAAUCGAACGGAGUCUACCAGACUAUCAGGUGUGAAAACACCGUAAUGGAAACUUUGGGGUCAAAGUAAGAAGGCAUUUUUAAUACAGCACUAUCAGCCAACUAAAAGGUAUAUCCAUGUACUGUACAGUAUCUUCACUCAGACCUUGGUCAGUUCUCAAGUAGCCAGAUUGGUUAAAUAGCUCUUGGUUGGUGCCUGACAUCUUCCUCUUGACAAUACUCCUUAGAGUAUUGUCAAUGUAUGGUUUAGAUCCAGAGAGCUUGCUGGUCAAUUAAGUACAGUGAUACCACAGUUACUAAAUCAGGUAUUGGUAUUUCUGGCAGGUGCCAAGUCCCACUAGACAAAUGAAAUCAGAAAAACAGGAGGUGCUCUGAAAUUUCCUGGUCGAUGUCUGUACUGACUUAACUCCAGUAGAAAACAUGGCUCCCCAAAUCAUCACUGACUGUGGAAACUUCACAGCAGACCUGACUUGGAUUUCAUGCUUCUCUACUCUUGCUGAAAUGUAAUAGCUUUUCAAUAAUAGUUUGUUUCAUUGAGAUGCACCUGUAUGCGGUCAGAGCACAGGAUUUAUUGGAGAUUUGUUGUGGCUACAUCCAGUCACAGACACUGUAGUGUUUGGUUUUAGUUCUGUUUUUUUCUGGUUUUCCACCUUUUAAUUUAUCAUCACCUCUCAGUGAAGUGUAACUGUUGAAGUCUGUUUGUUCAACCUUGGAGUUUCAUCUUGAAGCUGCUCAGUGACUGUGCUGAGCUCUUUUUAUGGUGUUGCCUCUAUUUUUUCCACCAGUUUUCGUUUGAACCGGUUUUGUUGAGUGACCGUCAAUCCCUUUAUAGUGCUGUGUUUUCUGCCCAUCCUCUGAGCAAGCUCCACAAAACUCGUGCUCUGCGUUUGUACUGUAACAUAAUAUUGAACCUACUUCAGACUUAAGACAUACUCCAUCCGGUCUUCACACUCUAAAGCCAUUCCAUUAAGCAGCAGUCAGGAAACAUUCAACCAAUAAAACUCGUUUAUUACUGUUGAUUGAAAGCACAACAUUUACAGUAUAUUUAGGCUGGACCUGCAGUUACUGUGUUCUCUUCGCAAGUGUAACCAUUAACGUUUUGGUCAAAAAAGGCCACACUUUAAAGUGCAAAAAGGAAGAUAUGGCCAGAGGCCAGAGAUGUUUGUAAAACCUUAUAAUUCUUGUCCCACAUAGUCCAAUCAAACCUUCAGAACAGGGUUAGAAAAGCACACCUGGUCUUUAAACCAGUUUCCCCAAGUGUCGCCAACAAAUCCCGGUGGUGCAAAAUGAUUCCCUCUAUCGUUUGUUGUAGCACAAACUUUUAAUUUAUUAACUGUUUUAUUUUACAAAUAUGACCAUCACAUGAAUAUGAUGUAACCCUAUUGUUCAAGUAACUCUACAACGAGGAUUUGUGAAUGGUACGAAUCCCAUUAUUCCCACCAUAAUAACCUCUGUUAUAAGUGGCACUUAAGAAAAACUUCCAACUACAUUGUUUUACAAGGAGGUGCAGCCCUCUCCCUAAGUGCAUGUCUACUCCUCCAAGAGUAAUCCUUGCUUCAUCAAUUUUAAUACAUCUUUAUGCAAGAUUAGAACCAGCAAUCAAGUUUACCAUCUGAUAGGAAUUCAUUUUAAGAGAGCGGUCAGGUUUGAUUUUUCCCUACUAAUGUCUUAGGAUUAGUUUGUGUGCUGAAGACCCAGCUCGUGCAUGCAGACCCACAGACAAAAGACCUCAAGUGCUGCACCAUUUUUCCUCCAGCUAAAAUGAUCAUUGUUUAAUAGUGUUGUUCAGAUCCCCUCAAAGAACUGAUCCUAUUAUAAUCUCUGAGCUCAUUGUAAGCCAGUGUGAAAACCUUCUGUAGUCCCACAAAACAAACUUUUCCUGCUCCGUGAUCAUGUGUGAAGAAUUUUGUAAUACUCCCAACACUGUGGAGUUUUUUUCAUGUAUGUUCAGAGGACAGCUGUUAGGGUCGAUGGGAUUUUUUAACUCAUAUUCAUUGUUUUAGCAGCAUUAAUAUUUUAUAUCAGCCAGUAUUUCUUUUUUCCAACACUAAGAAACCCUUUCAGGUGCUACAAAACGACCAGUUACUGCUUUGUCUCGUAGGAUCUAGACAUCUCUACAUUCUUACUGAUUCAUGCUACAUGAAUUUAUUUUAACCGGCAGUUUAAUAUUAGAUCACCUCCUCAGCCAGACAGUAGAGCAUGUAACUUGAGUUGAUCAGUUCUCUUCAGCUGUAAUAUUACAUUAAAGGAGUUGUAGAAAAAAAAAUGUGGAAUUCAUUUAAAAAAAAAAACUAAAAAAAAAACCCUGAAUUCCACAGUUAAUUUAUUCUUUUUUCUAUUAAGAAUUUGUAUAGUAACUUUACAUUUUGCAAAACUGUGUUGUUGGAAAUUAAUGAUGAAUUUUCAAGAUGAGAAGCUGUGGUGGUUCUUGAGAGUAAGAAAAUAAAUUAUUGAUGAAUGUUCUCAA